CCUGUCGCCAUCUUGCCCCUUCUGAGGCACCGCAAACAAACCCAAUUCCUGGUGUUCCCUAGUCUUGGCGGAGGAGCCUUUUAGAUGAGCCCCGAAAGGCCGGGCAGGGAAGACAAGCUCUUUGGGGCUACCAAAAAGAAGCAGCAAUGCCUGUUGUGUGGCCAACCCUUUUGGAUCUCAGCAGGGAUGAAUGCAAAAGGAUUCUUCGAAAAUUGGAAUUGGAGGCAUAUGCUGGAGUUAUCAGUGCACUUCGGGCACAGGGGGAUCUCACCAAGGAAAAGAAAGAUCUUCUUGGAGAACUCUCAAAAGUUCUUAGCAUCUCAACAGAGCGCCACCGUGCUGAAGUUCGGAGAGCAGUAAACGAUGAACGGUUAACAACAAUUGCACAUAAAAUGAAUUUAUCCUUAUAUUUGGGUGAAAGACCAAGUUACAGUAUGUCUGGACCUAAUAGCUCUUCAGAAUGGUCCAUUGAAGGUCGUCGAUUGGUCCCACUGAUGCCCCGGUUGGUUCCCCAAACCGCCUUCACUGUAACAGCUAAUGCUGUUGCCAAUGCAGCUAUCCAGCACAAUGCAUCUCUUCCAGUGCCUGCAGAAACAGGAAGCAAGGAAGUAGUGGUUUGCUAUUCCUACACAAGUACCACGUCAACCCCAACCUCUACCCCUGUUCCAAGUGGCAGCAUAGCAACGGUUAAGUCUCCAAGACCUGCCAGUCCUGCCUCCAAUGUAGUUGUCUUGCCAAGUGGAAGUACUGUUUAUGUCAAAAGUGUUAGCUGUUCAGAUGAAGAUGAAAAACCCAGAAAACGAAGGCGAACAAAUUCUUCUAGCUCGUCCCCCGUUGUCCUAAAGGAAGUUCCAAAGGCUGUUGUUCCGGUCUCAAAGACGAUCACUGUGCCUGUGAGUGGCAGUCCCAAGAUGAGCAACAUCAUGCAGAGCAUUGCCAACUCCUUACCGCCCCACAUGUCUCCUGUGAAAAUAACCUUCACCAAACCAUCAACACAGACGACAAACACAACAACACAGAAGGUUAUUAUAGUGACCACAUCACCAAGUUCAACCUUCGUGCCCAACAUUCUCUCCAAAUCCCAUAACUAUGCAGCAGUCACUAAGCUUGUACCGACAUCAGUCAUUGCUUCCACAACCCAGAAGCCACCAGUGGUUAUAACUGCUUCACAGUCCUCCCUGGUCAGUAGUAGCAGCAGUGGCAGCAGCAGUUCUACACCAUCACCUAUUCCUAGUACAGUUGCAGUAACAGCUGUGGUUUCUUCCACACCAUCAGUGGUCAUGUCAACAGUAGCACAAGGCGUAUCUACAUCAGCGAUCAAAAUGGCAUCGACCAGACUUCCUUCCCCCAAAAGUUUAGUGGGUGCCCCAACUCAGAUUCUUGCACAGUUUCCUAAACAGCAUCAACAGUCUCCUAAGCAGCAGUUACAUCAAGUGCAGCAACAGACCCAGCAGCAGGUGGCCCAGCCUGCUCCAGUAUCUCAUCAGCAACAGCCUCAGCAGUCUCCUUUGCCACCUGGUAUCAAGCCUACCAUUCAAAUCAAACAGGAGUCAGGUGUUAAAAUCAUCACACAACAAGUACAGCCAAGUAAAAUCUUACCUAAGCCAGUGACAGCAACUCUGCCCACCAGUAGCAAUUCCCCUAUUAUGGUGGUUAGCAGUAAUGGUGCAAUUAUGACAACUAAACUGGUAACCACUCCUACUGGCACACAGGCAACCUAUACCCGGCCAACAGUGAGCCCAUCCAUAGGUCGGAUGGCUGCAACCCCAGGAGCUGCAACCUAUGUGAAAACUACCAGUGGUAGCAUCAUUACAGUAGUACCCAAAUCAUUAGCUACCUUGGGGGGCAAGAUAAUUAGCAGUAAUAUAGUUUCUGGAACGACUACCAAAAUCACUACAAUCCCAAUGACUUCCAAGCCCAAUGUGAUUGUUGUGCAAAAGACUACAGGAAAAGGAACGACCAUUCAAGGCCUCCCGGGCAAAAACGUUGUCACAACAUUGCUAAAUGCUGGAGGAGAAAAGACUAUUCAGACGGUACCAACAGGAGCAAAGCCAGCUAUUAUCACUGCUACAAGACCCAUCACCAAAAUGAUUGUAACUCAGCCAAAAGGAAUAGGCUCCACAGUUCAACCAGCAGCUAAAAUCAUCCCGACAAAAAUUGUUUAUGGGCAGCAAGGGAAAACACAGGUUCUUAUUAAACCCAAACCAGUGACAUUUCAAGCCACAGUUGUUAGUGAACAAACAAGGCAGCUGGUCACAGAAACAUUACAGCAAGCAUCUAGGGUAGCAGAAGCUGGUAAUUCAUCUAUUCAAGAGGGAAAAGAAGACCCACAGAGUUAUACAGAUAGUAGUUCCUCUUCUACAGAGUCCUCCCAAAGUUCCCAAGAUUCCCAGCCUGUAGUUCAUGUAAUUGCUUCCCGGCGUCAGGAUUGGUCAGAACAUGAGAUUGCAAUGGAGACUAGCCCCACCAUAAUUUAUCAGGAUGUAUCCAGUGAAUCACAAUCAGCUACUUCAACAAUCAAAGCUCUGUUAGAACUCCAACAGACAACAGUAAAGGAAAAAUUGGAAUCUAAACCAAGACAACCCACUAUUGACUUGAGUCAGAUGGCAGUGCCUAUUCAGAUGACCCAGGAAAAGAGACAUUCUCCUGAGAGUCCAUCCAUUGCUGUGGUAGAGUCAGAACUAGUUGCUGAAUACAUCACUACUGAACGCACUGAUGAGGGGACAGAGGUUGCUUUUCCCCUUCUAGUCAGCCAUCGCUCCCAGCCCCAACAGCCCUCCCAGCCCCAGCGGACCCUGCUCCAGCAUGUGGCUCAGUCACAGACCGCAACACAGACUUCGGUGGUGGUGAAGUCCAUCCCGGCAUCUUCCCCUGGAGCGAUCACCCACAUUAUGCAGCAGGCAUUAAGCAGUCACACUGCUUUUACCAAACACAGCGAGGAACUUGGAACUGAGGAGGGCGAGGUUGAAGAGAUGGACACUUUAGACCCUCAGACAGGUCUGUUUUACCGAUCUGCCCUGACUCAGUCACAGUCAGCUAAGCAGCAGAAACUUAGCCAGCCCCAGCUGGAACAGACUCAGCUGCAAGUGAAAACUCUGCAGUGCUUCCAGACUAAACAGAAGCAGACCAUCCACCUGCAGGCAGACCAGCUCCAGCACAAACUCCCGCAAAUGCCCCAGCUUUCCAUCAGGCAUCAGAAACUCACCCCUCUCCAGCAAGAACAAGCACAGCCCAAGCCAGAUGUACAGCACACACAGCAUCCCAUGGUGGCCAAAGACAGGCAGCUUCCUACCUUAAUGGCACAGCCCCCGCAAACUGUAGUACAGGUGCUUGCAGUGAAAACCACGCAGCAGCUCCCUAAACUGCAGCAGGCUCCGAACCAACCAAAAAUCUACGUGCAACCCCAAACCCCCCAGAGCCAAAUGCCGCUCCCAGCCUCAUCAGAGAAACAGCCGGCAAGCCAGGUGGAGCAGCCAAUUAUAACCCAAGGAUCCUCUGUUACAAAGAUAACUUUUGAGGGGCGCCAGCCUCCCACAGUUACAAAGAUAACUGGUGGCAGUUCUGUGCCUAAGCUGACAUCACCAGUUACAAGCAUAUCUCCCAUUCAGGCUUCUGAGAAGACAGCUGUGUCAGACAUUUUGAAAAUGUCUUUGAUGGAAGCUCAGAUUGAUACAAAUGUAGAGCAUAUGGUAGUGGAUCCCCCAAAGAAGGCUCUUGCCACUAGUAUGCUCACUGGUGAAGCAGGAUCAUUACCCUCCACCCACGUGGUGGUGGCAGGGAUGGCGAAUUCCACUCCCCAGCAACAGAAAUGUAGAGAGUCCUGUUCAAGUCCAUCUGCUGUUGGCCCUCCCUUAACGACAAGGAAAAUCGAUGCACCGGGAGUGCCUACAACAGGCCAGUUCAUGCGUAUUCAGAAUGUAGGCCAAAAGAAAGCUGAAGAGAGCCCAGCAGAAAUUAUCAUCCAGGCCAUUCCCCAGUAUGCUAUUCCUUGUCACUCUAGUUCCAACGUGGUUGUAGAGCCCAGUGGGCUUCUUGAGCUCAACAACUUCACUAGCCAGCAGUUGGAUGACGAUGAGACGGCAAUGGAGCAAGACAUAGACAGUAGCACAGAAGAUGGAACCGAGCCCAGCCCCUCUCAGAGUUCUGCUGAACGGUCCUAAGUGUUUUGGACACAGGAGUGCACUUUAAAACCUACUUGGUUACCAAGUGUCCAGGGAAGCCCUUGAUUUUUGAUGUCUAAAGAGAGCACUUUGCCCAUGCUUAGGCUGUGGACCCCAAAAUAGCAGUGUUUCAACAAAACUGCUGCAGGAGCAGCGUUUUAAAACAAGAUAAAAUUCACAGGGGAAUGUACUUUUAAAAAAAAAAGGAA